UAUCUAGAUAAAGUAUAUAGUCCCUUAUAGUCAUGGAUGUGAGCACACUUCCUAAAGACAUGAAUAUAACUGACGACUACGUAAAAAUGGUCGGUGAAGUGAAACGUGAUUUUAUAAAAGCUGCAAAAGAAAAAAAGAAGAAAAAUAAAGAAGACAACCCAGAUUACGAAGGAUAUGAUUCAUACGACGAAACAGAGAAAGAAAAGGAAUUAGCCAGAAUCAAAAGAGAACGUGGAAAAUCUUGUCGCCCUAAAAAAGCAGUCAAUGCGCAUGCCCGCCAGUUUUCUAGAAGGGUAAAAGUGGUGGCCGUCAAACCUCUUGUCAAUAUUAACCCAGAGGAAAUCGAAGAUGAAGAAGAAAGGAAAAACGCCAUCGAGUUACAGAAGCGACGACGCGAACAUGCAUCAAUGAGACAUGGUGUUCCAGUCCAUAUGCGUACGAAAAUGUUAUCAGGCGAACAAGCGACUCUGAAUCCAUCUCAACCUAACUUGCGUGUUCGACGCACUGUUAGAAAAUCAACUCGUGGUGGUCCAUCACUACAACAAAGAAAGAAUUUUCUCACACUCGGGACAGUUGCUGAAGGAGGAGAUACAGCUUCAUCCGAUGCCACGCCUCCACUUCCGAUAAGAAAGCGAGUCUCAGUUCGACGAGUAUUGAAACCACCCGAUCAAAAUCCAGAGGGUGGCGAUCAAACAGGUGAUAAUAAUUCACUUGCUGCGAGACCAAGAAGACUUCGAGUAUCACGAAUCAUGAAAUUCACAAAACCGGAGGAUGAAAAUAAAACCGGCGAACAAGAAGAAGGACAGCCAGCAGGAUUACAAGCACGCCCUCGAAAACUACGGGCUUCAAAGUUUAUACGAUUCGGCGGGGAAGGAGACGAGGGAACACCAGAGGAGGGUAAACCUAUCAGAGUUGGAUCUAGAAGAAUAAGAAGAUCGGUGAAAAUAAAACCUAUAAAGGAAUCAGAAGAUGACAAAGAUAAACCAACCAACGAAGACCAAGAAGAACCAAAACCAAUCCGAAAACUUCGCGUGUCACGUCGAUCAGUACGUAGAGUUCCUGUUGUUGCUUCUGAACCUGGGGUUGAUGCAGAAAAUGAAAACAAGACCGAGGGAGAAGAUGCCCUCAAACUUACGCCUAGAAAGCUGCGAAUGUCGAAAUUUGUAAAAUUUGAAGGUGACGGCACUGGAGGUCGAAAAAUUAAAGCUUCAGCAAGACGAAAAGGACCUAGGUUAAAACUGGGAUUAGGCAACUUAGAAGACGAAGAAAGUGAACAUUCAGAUGGAUCUAUCAGCCGAGAACGCAAUUCGAGAAGAAUUGCUGUGAACGAAAAAUACAAAGAAAAAUAUCUCGAAGAGUAUAAGGAACUAGGUGGAACGGAAAACGUUAACACAGCUCACUUAAUUGGAGACCGCCCACCUGGUCGACAGCGUGUCGUACGUGCAUCGAUGAUGAAUAUUAAACCUCUAGCGGCCAGAACUCAAGAUCUUCAGAAAUCGGUAGAAGCACAGCAUACAUUAGACAAACAGUCUGACACAGAAAUAUCUGCUGGUGACGUCAGUGAAAAAAGAGAACAGUUGGUUUCUAAAAAUCUAGAGAAAAAGCUUUUGAAAGGCCUUGCGUUUUCAGGCACAAGUGCUGUGCCGACAAUUGGAAUGAUAAAAGCUCAUAUAAAGCAAGGAGAAGAGGAAGAAAUUACUGAAACCGAAUACAAAGAUUCAUAUCUGGAAGAGGGACUUGAAGCUUCAAGCAAAAAUACAAACGAAAAUAUAUCAGAAAGAAGCGCAUCUCCAUCACCACGAAAACCUAGGAAGAAAAAGAACGUUGGCUCGGAGGAAUCUGCCAACGACAAUGUAGUUACAGAAAGCAAGGAAGAGAACGCACCAAAACCCUGCCCAAGAAACAAACCAGAAACUGUACAAGAAAGACAAAUAGAAGGAUUUGGUGGAAGAAUUUAUAUCGAUACGGGCGAGGAGUAUAAGAGACUGAAAGAUGGUAAAGUAAUAUCUGCCGAAGAUGAAGAUGACAAAGACAGCGAAGAACAAAGAAUGGCAAAAGAAGAAGUCAUGAAACAUUUGGACAAAGCUUGUCAAAACUUCCUUCCAGAAGAAACUAAACAAAAACAAUAUGAAGAAGAAGAAGCUGAGAAAAAACGACUCGAAGCGGAGGAAGCUGAACAAAAACGAAUCGAAGAAGAAACUGAACGAAAGCGCCUUGAAAAUGAAGAAGCUGAACGUAAUCGACUUAAAGAGGAAGCUGAACGAAAAAUAAUUAGAGAAGAAGGCGAACAAAAACGACUAGAAGAAGAAGUGGCCGAACGAAAACGUCUAGAAGAAGAAUCUGAACGUAAUCGACCAGAAGAGGAAGCCGAACGAAAACAGCUAGAAAAGCAAGAGGCCGAACGAAAACGCCUAGAAGAGGAGGAUGCCGAACAAAAACGGCUAGAAGACGAAGAGGCUGAACGUAAACAGCUAGAAGAAGAAGAGGCCGAACAAAAGCGGCUACAAGAAGAGGAGGCCGAACGAAAACGGCUAGAAGAAGAAGAGGCUGAACGGAAACGGCUAGAAGAAGAAGAAGCCGAACAAAAACGGCUAGAAGAAGAAGAGGUCGAACGAAAACGACUGGAAGAAGAAGCGGCCGAACAAAAACGACUGGAAGAAGAAGCGGCCGAACGAAAACGGCUAGAAGAAGAAGAGGCCGAACGAAAACGGCUAGAAGAAGAAGCGGCCGAACAAAAACGUCUAGAAGAAGAAGAGGCCGAACGAAAACGACUAGAAGAAGAAGAGGCCGAACGAAAACGGCUAGAUGAAGAAGAGGCCGAAAGGAAACGGCUAGAAGAAGAAGAAGCCGAACGAAAACGGCUUGAAGAAGAAGAAGCUGAACGAAAACGGCUAGAAGAAGAAGAAGCCGAACGAAAACGGCUAGAAGAAGAAGAAGCCGAACGAAAACGGCUUGAAGAAGAAGAGGCCGAACGAAAACGGCUGGAAGAAGAAGUGGCCGAACGAAAACGGCUUGAAGAAGAAGAAGCCGAACGAAAACGGCUAGAAGAAGAAGCCGAACGAAAACGGCUUGAAGAAGAAGAAGCCGAACGAAAACGGCUAGAAGAAGAAGAAGCCGAACGAAAACGGCUGGAAAAAGAAGUGGCCGAACGAAAACGGCUAGAAGUUGAGGAGGCGGAACGAAAACGGCUAGAGGAUGAAGAGGCCAAACAAAAACGGCUAGAAGAGGAAGAAGCUGAACAAAAACGGCUAGAAGAAGAAGAGGCCGAACGAAAGCGGCAAGAGGAGGAAGAUGCUGAACGAAAACAGCUAGAGGAAGAAGAGGCCGCACGGAAGCGGUUAGAAAAUGAAGAGGCCGAACGAAAGCGGUUAGAAGCGGAAGAAGCCGAACGAAAAAGACUCGAAGAGGAAGCCAAACAAAAUCGGCUAAAAGAAGAAGAAGCCGAACGAAAACGGUUAGAAGAAGAAGAAGCCGAACGUAAACGGCUAGAGGAAGAAGCUGAACAAAAACGACUGGAAGAAGAAGAGGCCGAACGAAAACGGAUAGAAGACGAAGAGGCCGAACAAAAACUAAUGGAAGAAGUUGAACAAAAACGGCAAGAAGAUGAAGAGGCCAAACGAAAACAGCUAGACGAUGAAGAGGCUGAACGAAAACGUCUAGAAGAGGAAGAGGCCGAACGGAAACGGCUAGAAGAGAAAGAGGCAGAACGAGAAUGUCUUGAAAACAAAGAACCUGAACGAAAAGUUACUGAGGAAGCUGAACAAAAGCUUCAAGAGACCGGACAAAGUUCAGAAGACAAGGGGGGCGAAAAUCUUGUAAAUGAAGAUGAACAGAAAGAGAAAUUAAAUAUUAGCGCCAAUCAAGAUCCUCUUGACGAAGAGACAAAAUCCAUCAUUACCGAAGCAGAAAAACCAAAAGAUGAAGAACAAGACGAUGAGGAAGAGUACGGAAGUGAUGAAGAAGUCGAAUAUAUCUACGUUGAUUCAGAUGGAAAUGAAAUAUCUGAUGGAAGUGACGUCGAAGUCGUAGAAGUUGAUGAAGAUGGAAAUGAAAUUGUUUAUGUUGAUGAAGACGAUGAGGAGGUUGGAUCAGACGAGGAAGUAAUUUAUCAAGAUGAGGAUGGCAAUUACGUGGAUGCAGAUGGAAAUCCAGUAGACUACGACAGUCAAGAAGAAGAUGAUGAGGAGAUCGGUUCUGAUGAAGAAGUUAUCUAUAUGGAUGAAGAUGGUAAUUAUGUUGAUGCGGAUGGAAAUAUCGUUGAAUAUGAAGAAGAAGAGGAGGAAGAGGAAGAAAGUUAAAUUUUAUUUAUACUAUGACUGUUUGAUAAAUAUGCGGCAUUCGUAAUAUCAUAAGUAGGCUAAAUCCCAGUUUUUCAAUAGCACGAAAUCAGAUUAUAAUAAUUCUAAUCAGAAGGCAUAAUUUCUCCACUAUACUCAAUUACACAUAUCACCCAGAUUCGAGUAGGUUUAACUAUUUUUACUGUAGAUUGGAACGAGUUUAACAUGCAACAUGGUCAUAGUUGUUGCUGCAGUCGUAAUUUUUUUUCAUUUAUUUGAAUAUCUUAUUGUUCUUAAUUUCUGUAAUGUAAUUUACAUGAUUUGAAAUUACUUCAGAAGAAACUAUUGAGAAAACUAUCACACAUAUUGCAUUUUUCAUUAUGUGACGGUUGAAAAAUUUUUCGAAUGACUACUGUAUGUUUUUGACUUGUAAUCUAUGCACACACGUUUCUGUUAUGUAAUGAUAUUGCUGUCAUAUUCGGAACAACGAAAGAUUCAAAGACUAGCUGUUUUUCACGCCCAGAAAAAUAUAUACAGACUUUAUUUGUGCAAUUCUACUUUAUUUGAUGAAUAUUUACGUAUUGUCGUAUUAGUUAUUCUUUAAUAUCCAUUUAAAUAUGUACAAAUAUGUUAUUACGAUAAUAUACAUAAUUAAGUCUUUUCCCGGUGUCUAUUUAAUUUUUACUCACCCCAAAAAAAGAGUAUGAGCAACAUCUGACAUGCUAAAACCCUUCACCCUUUCAAUUCCUUACCAAAAUAUAACGGAAGACAACACUUCGCGAAGACAAUUUUUGUCUUUUCUGUUGAAAAAUAGAACAAAUGCAGAAGGGGCGAGUGAAACAAAAGAUACAUCAGUAUAUAUUGAUUGUGCAUUAGAAAGCAAAAUUCAAUAAAACAAACAAUAGUACUAUAGCAGUCUCACAUACAUAUCGUAUUGAUAAUUU